AUGAAAAUACUUAGCUGGAACUGCCGGGGGCUUGGGAACCCCCGAACAGUUCAGAACCUUCUCCUGUUGGUGAAGGAUAAGACACCCAAUUUAGUCUUCUUGAUGGAGACAAAACUAGUAGCUAGUAAGGUUGAGGGAAUUAAAAGGAGACUGGGAUGGGAGGGAUGUUUUGUUGUGGACCCGAUGGGGAGAAAAGGGGGGCUGGCAUUGCUGUGGUGCAAGGAAAAAGAGGUGGAGAUUCUCAACUACUCUCAACACCAUAUUAAUGCAAUGGUUAGGAGUGAAGAGAAGAAAAUGUUGUGGCUGCUCUCUGGCUUCUAUGGGCAUCCAAUGGUGAGUAAAAGAGAAAACACUUGGGAUCUAUUGUCUUUAUUAAAUUCUGAUUGUGAAAUGCCUUGGUGUGUAAUAGGAGAUUUCAAUGAAAUUUUGUGUCAAUCUGAAAAAAUGGGGGGCAGACCUAGGCCAGAGACUCAGAUGGUUGAUUUUAGGAAAGCUUUGGAUGAUAAUAGACUAUUUGACUUAGGGUGGAAGGGAAACAAAUACGCGUGGAGUAACAAGCACAUGGAUAGCACCUUUACUAAGGAGAGACUCGACAGGGCUGUUGCUAAUCUAAAGUGGUCUGAAACUUUUUGUGAUAGAGUGUUGGAGACUCUGAAUGUAGUCCAAUCAGAUCAUAUGGCAUUAAUGCUUGACUUGAGACAGCAAUACUUAGUGAAUAGAAAGAGAAGAAGGGUGUUUAGAUUUGAAGCAAAGUGGAUAAGGGAUGAGGAGGGGGCUGGUGUGGUAGAAAGGGCUUGGAGGAGGGCUGAUGCAGAUCCAAACCCAAUUAGGAAUAUUCAAAGAAAGCUGAAUGGGUGUAAAGGAGAUUUAAUCAGGUGGGGUAAUUCAAAAGAUAAAGAGGUGAUAGUUUUGUUGAAACAGAAAACUGAAAGGCUGAAAAGGGAACAAGAAAGUGAAGGGCCUCAUAAUGCUGAACUAAUUAGAAAACUUCAAGAAGAGAUGGGGACUUUGUUGGGGCAGGAAGAUCUUAAAUGGCUGUAG